GCCUCCUCCCACAGCACCAUGAAGUACUCCACCGUCUGCGCCGCCUUCUUUGCGGCUGUCGCUGCUGCGUCCGACGUCAAGCAGCUCAAGUCGGACGACUUCAAGGGCUUCAUCGAGGAGCAUGAUCUCGUCCUUGCCGAGUUCUUUGCGCCCUGGUGCGGCCACUGCAAGGCCCUCGCCCCCGAGUACGAGUCUGCCGCCACGACGCUGAAGGAGAAGGACAUUGCCCUUGUCAAGGUCGACUGCACAGAGGAGCAGGACCUCUGCCAGGAGUAUGGCGUCGAGGGCUACCCCACGCUCAAGGUCUUCCGCGGCCUCGAGAACAUCUCGCCCUACAGCGGCCAGCGCAAGGCCGACAGCCUGGUCUCGUACAUGACCAAGCAGGCCCUGCCCGCUGUCUCGGAGGUGACCAAGGACACCAUUGCCGAGUUCAAGACGGCGGACAAGGUGGUGCUGAUUGCCUACUUUGCCGCCGACGACAAGGCCUCCAACGAGACCUUCACCUCGGUCGCCAACGGCCUCCGCGACAACUACCUGUUCGGUGCCACCAACGACGCUGCCCUUGCCAAGGCCGAGGGCGUCAAGCAGCCCGGCCUCGUCCUCUACAAGUCGUUUGACGAGGGCAAGGACGUCUACACCGAGGCCUUUGAGGCCGACGCCAUCCGCUCCUUCGCCAAGGUUGCCUCUACCCCGCUCAUUGGCGAGGUUGGCCCCGAGACGUACUCGGACUACAUGGCCUCUGGCCUUCCUCUGGCAUACAUCUUCGCCGAGACGCCCGAGGAGCGCGAGGAGUUUGCCAAGGAGCUGAAGCCUCUGGCUGAGAAGCACAAGGGCAAGAUCAACUUUGCCACGAUUGACGCCAAGUCGUUCGGCCAGCACGCUGACAACCUCAACCUCAAGGUCGGCACCUGGCCCGCCUUUGCCAUCCAGCGCACCGAGAAGAACGAGAAGUUCCCCUUUGACCAGGACACCAAGAUCACACAAAAGGCGAUUGGCAAGUUUGUCGACGACUUCCUUGCCGACAAGAUCGAGCCCAGCAUCAAGUCUGAGCCCAUUCCCGAGUCCAACGAUGGCCCCGUGUCGGUUGUUGUCGCUCACAACUACAAGGAGAUUGUCCUGGACAACGACAAGGAUGUUCUCCUCGAGUUCUACGCUCCCUGGUGCGGUCACUGCAAGGCUCUUGCUCCCAAGUACGAGGAGCUUGGCCAGCUGUACAAGACUGACGAGCUCUCCAAGCUCGUGACCAUCGCAAAGGUGGACGCGACGGCCAACGACGUUCCCGAUGAAGUCCAGGGUUUCCCCACGAUCAAGCUGUUCCCCGCUGGCAAGAAGGACUCGCCCGUCGACUACUCUGGCUCGCGCACUGUCAAGGACCUUGUUCAGUUUAUCAAGGACAACGGCUCACACAAGGCCGAGGCGACGGUUCCCGAGGCUGUUGAAGAGACUACCGAAUCCGCCAAGGAGGCUGUCAAGGAGGGCACCGAAGCUGCCAAGGAGGCUGUCAAGGAGGGCACCGAAGCUGCCAAGGAGGCUGUCAAGGAGGCUGCAUCAGAGGCUUCGGCGUCGGCCGCAAGCGUCAAGGACGAGCUGUAAAUGGUUCCGACGUUUUCGUUUCUUUGGUUAUGAGCCGCGCCUCUGGCGUAUACCCUUACCACUUUCGGCAUCGUGACAUGUGUCAGAUAUGCUGAGGUACGAGUAUUAAAACUGUUAUGAUUACAUGGAAGGGUCGGCAAAGGGGUUUCCUUCUUAUUCCAGACUAAGGGGUUAGGGUAGCGAUUAGCUAAUGGAGUUCCGGUUCG